AUGGCGCUGCUGCGCGUGCGCCACUGCCGCGCGCUCCUGUACUGCCGGCGCGCGCCGCCAGCGCGCUGCCCCGCGUGCGGCGGGGACCUGCGCGCCGCCGGGCUGGCCGCCGCGCCUGUCCGCCUGCCCUGCCCCUUCCGGCACGGCCACGGGCAGCCCCGCGCCUUCCUCAUCAGGCCCACCCGCGGCACCUUCCUGCACGGCUACGACGGGCACUCCGACCUGCACGUCGGGAUCACCAAUUCCCAGGGCGUGGUGUACAACUAUGACCAGGAGGGUGUGCACAGGGCUGGCAGUGGCUGGGAGCAGUGCAUCAGCAUCCCCCUGGUGCAGCCGGACAUGUCGGAGCUCCUGCAGCAGUGGGAUGACCUCCUGGAGGAAUUUUCCUUGGAAGAGGCCUGGCUCCCUCACAGGUACGAGGAGCAGCAGCACAACUGCUACACCUUCGCCCUGGCCUUCGUCAACCGCGUCCGGCAGGGCCGGGGCCGGGAGCCCCUGAGCAAGGCCCAGUUCACCGAGAGGUUCCUGAUCCCACACACCAGGGAGGCCUCCAGGUACCUCACCCUGCACCAAGAGCUGGCACACAGCGACUGCUACGUCGUGCCCCUGCCCGAGCAAGAGCAGGACAGCGGGGCUGGAAACGACACCUUGCUGGAGUAGGACAGCAGCCAUGGGAAAGGACGGGUUAAAGCUCCACAUCUCAGGGGUUAGGGCUGAAUGUUGUUAAACAUCAUUAACUUUAUCCUGCUCCUCAGGGAAGGAUCAGGAGACUGAGCUUGUGCAUUUCAGUGAAUGAAUGUACACAUACAAUGUACACAGCACAGAGAAUUUCCAUGGGAACUAUUCCUAUGCAAAAAUCUUUCCUGCUUUAACACUCACUGUGUGCUCUGUUCUGCAAAGACACUUCACACCAGAAAUCAGGGCUGCUGUGGAAUUCAGGGCUUUACAAAUGAACUGUGGGAACUUCAGCUGCAGCAAACCUCAACGGCCUUUUCCUGCUGCAAUUGUUUACUGAUGAGUAAAAAAAGGGAGCCUGCUGGUGUGCUGCUGAAAUCCCCAAUCCCUAUCUGACUGCAGAUUCACUGUUAUUUUCCUUUCCUGUAAUUACUAAUAAAUACAACAACAAAUAAAUCCA